UUUUGUUUAUGAAAAAUAAAUUAAAAUAAUUACUAUGUACGAAUAUUUUUAUAAACACCUUAACAUUGGCUUGAAUUAAAUUGAAAUUAGAUAACUUACUCAGUUUAAUUUGAGGUCUUGAACAGAACAGUGACAAUAUCGUAGUUGAAACAAAAAUAAAUGUGAAACCAUAGAGUCGUUGUUGAAGAAUCUUAAAGUAUUGUGGCAUAAUGACUGCUAGCAAAGGCCCAACUCUUGGAGCUCGCCAUCUUCAAACACUUUUACUACAUCUGGCGGUUGGAGUUAGCUUUGUUUCAAGAAUCAACAUUGGCAUUGCAUUGGUCGCAAUGACUGAUGCCCAAACAACAAAUCCGAAUUUUCAUGAAUUCGAUUGGAACGAAAAACAAAAAUCAUACAUCCUAAGCAGCUUCUUUUGGGGUUCUAUUAUAGCACAAAUUCCUGGAGGAUAUGCUGCUAGAAGAUUUGGCGUUAAGGCAUCUUUACUAAUUGGCAUGUUUUCAAGUGGAAUUUUUGGUCUUUCAGUACCGUAUUUUGUAUUUUUGGGAGGUUGGAAAAUAUUCUGUUUUAUUCGAGUUCUUCAAGGUUUAAGUCAGGGAAUACUUUUUCCAUGUAUCUAUCAGCAUGUUGCUAUGUGGUCACCUGUGGAAGAACGAAAUCGACUUGGUGCACUCAGUCUAAUGGGCAUGGAAAGCGGUACGAUUGUGGCAAUGUACGUUACUGGCAUGAUUGCUGCAUCGGAUUUGGGAUGGCCAGGAAUAUCGUUCGUCUUCAACGGAACUGAAAUAGUUUUUAGUAUACUUUGGCUAAUAUUUGCUGAAAAUACUCCAGCUGAUGCAAAGCUCAUAACUGCUGCAGAAAGAAAUUAUAUACUUACAUCUCAAGCAAGUUCUAAAGAUACACAAGAAAAGAAAAAGAGUGUAACAGUUCCAUGGAAGGCUAUAUUUACUUCUGUUCCGUUUAUAUCACUUUUAAUAGUUCGUAUCUGUGACAGUUGGGGCUUUGCGACGAUGCAAGCUCAAAUUCCAGCUUAUCUUCAUGGAGCUUUGCAAAUGGAGAUCACAAAAAAUGCCUUAUUCUCAGCUUUACCCUAUGUUGCGACAUUUUCGUUAGGAUUUGUUUUCAUGAUAUCAGCAGAUGUAUUAUUGAACAACAAAUGGGUAUCAUUGCUGGUACUACGAAAGAUUUUUAGCACAAUUGCUAUGUGGGGUCCAGCAGCAUUCUUGGUUGGUAUUGGAUUUCUUAGUGAAACUCAGACAGCCUUAGCUAUAGCUUUUAUAACUUUAAAUGUUGGUUUGAAUAGUGGUACAAUUAUUGGUAACAAUAUGAAUGGAAUCGAUUUGGCCCCAAAUCAUAUAGGAAUUUUGAUGGGGCUUGUUAAUUCGUUGCAAAGUGUAGUUCGAAUUUUGUGCCCAAUUGUUGUGGGAAUAAUUGUUACUGAUGAGACCGACCGAUCACAAUGGCAGAUUGUGUUUUUAAUAACAGCUGGAUUAUAUUUCCUUGGGAACUUACAGUUUUUGUUUUUUGCACAAACUGAUGUACAACCAUGGGAUAGUGAAGAUUUUAUGACCAAAAGUGAUAAAGAACGAGGAGAAGUUAAAAUGACGAAAGAAUCUAUAAAGGAUGGUUAUUUUUAAAAAGUUUUUUUUUUUCAUUUGGACUAUUGUCUUCUUAGAAGCUUUACCGAUUUUUUAAUGAUAACAUAAACUU